UUUUCUCGCCAAUCAACUAACUUUUCUGUUCCCCUAAUCAACAUUAUUUUAAAUUUUUAAAUCAGGCAUACGGUGCUACAGUAAGCUUUGGAACGUGCAAAGUCAGAUUAACCUGUGGAGUCUGUGAGGUCACUUCCUGUAGCUCUUCAGUUUCGAACCCGGACGCGUCAGUUUUGGUGAUCCUUCGAAUGUUUUGUGGCAGAGUGCGAAAGCCUGUGGAAGUCCCUUCUCGAUUUGAUCUAUAAGAUCAAGUUUAUCGAGGUUCAAAUUGAGGAAGAAAAUGUUGUCAUUGUGCACGGAGAGACUUUCGAAGUUUCUGAGAGUCUGUGGAGCAAGAUCCAGAGACAAUGUAUUGUCAUUUCCAUGGAGACAAGUGGCUGUUGUACAACACGUCGUCGCAACAAGUUUCGCGUCGGCCCGGUUCUUUAGUAGAUUGGAGCGACUAGUCAGUACGAGCAAUUGAUCUGGAUAUUGAGAUUGUAGCCGUACAGACGUCCACAUCGAGGAGAGAUGUGAAGUUAGCACAUGAUACCGUACAGUACGUAGUAAGAAGGGUCAGAGAAAACCCGUUUUCCAGACCGUGGGGGUGUCCUCAUUGUGCUUGCAUUCCUCCGAAUAGUCGACGUACGGGGCUGUCUUCCCUUUCGUUCUUCGUGGCAGUUUGGGAUGGUAUCAAUGAACGGCAGUACUGUAGCAGGUAGCAGGUGCAUGCUCUUGCUACCGCGAGCACUUGGAUGCCCAGGCUGCGCAGGCCAUUAUUUCAGAAUGCAGCCAGAUGUAGGUUUGUGCACAUUGCCCUCUGUUCUCUGUUCUCUGCCCGUAUACACCCUUGGCAAAUGCACCAUCGAUUUUGAGUGGGACCAUGCGAGCCAAGCCGAAGGAAUUCGAGGCAACGUCCUCAAGGAUUGAAUGAUUCGAUUCCAUGCUAAAACACAGGCGACACACACCUUACCAAGCAAAAGAAACCUGUCUCAGUAUUGUGGUCCUAGAGAAGUUGUGAGCACCAGUAGCUGCACCGGGCAGUGCAGGGGAACUAAGAGUAUUUGUAGGUCUUGUGUGUUUUCAGAAAAGGGCUCAUCCGUGGAGCUUCCAUGGUUUCCUUCGGCCGUCGUCUUGGUGUUUCGGUUUCUCCGCCUGUCUUCUCGGUUUCUCCGCCUACGUUCAACCUACCGGUAUCGUGGACGCAAUGCUCACAAGAAUGUCACCAACGCAGCAUUUCCUUCUGCCUCCCCCAUCUGAGCUGGUACUGUACCCUUCACAACGGUGGAGGAGGGUUCAAGCCAGGCAGGUAGAUCUAGCCAGCCAUAUUCUUCAUCAUUCAACAAACAAGCUGGAGCUUUAAAAGAGGCCAAUCAAAAUUGUUUGAACCAAUCAAGUGAAAGAAGACAACUGCUCAAGAUAGUUCGCUGGACUACUGUAUCUUUUCAAUUGCCUGCCUUCUCACCUUCUCAAUUCACCUCCUUCUGACGUUGUUAGAAAAAGAGAAGGACCUAAAUGUGUCUGCUGUCGCAUAGUAAUCCAAUUUUCUGAUUUUUAAAAAGCUUUCUGUCGCAGUGUUAUCCAAUUCUCCGUCAAAAUGAGUUAGUUGCUCCCCAGCACAAGAGCAAAAGAGCCCACAAAAUCAAACCACCCUCUCACAACUCAGGAGCGAGUGAUCAUCAAACCAAAAACGAAGAGGAUGGAAGAAGUCAAUAUUCGAUACCAGGAGAUGCCGGUGCCGGUAGCAGCACCGGUGCUGCAGCCGGGAAAGUUUGACAUCCUGUGUGGUAAGGGCAAGAAAUGUGUUGGACAUAUUGGAUCCAGGCGCUUUCGUGCAGUGAUUGAGUCCUACCGUCAGAGAUACUCUUUGACUAAGACCAAGUAUGAAAAGAUGAUGAUCACCAAAGAGGUAGUGGAGAGACUGCAGAAGGAGAAUUGCCGCUUUCUCAAGUACGAUGCUUCAACAAUGGUAUGGGAAGAACUCCUGACAAUGGCAGCACGUGAUAAGGUGGGACAUGCGCUCCGUUUUGCCAAUCGAACUACCCCAAGGCGGAAGAAGAAUCCAUCCAAAACGGAAGGAGACACAAACAUUGAUUCAUGGAAAUCGCUGGAGGGAAAAUCCAGUGUGCCAUCUCCUCCCACGUCGCCUCCCCCCCCUCCCGAAGUGUUUGGCGAUGACAAUGGCGGUCCAUCUUCCCAACCAUUUAAAAAUUCAAAUGCAACGGAAGAGGCUCCUUGCUCUGUUACUCUCAUUGACAACAUUGAAUUGGCGUCUUUUGUCUUCAGUCAUACCGAUGAUUCUGAAGAACCCACAACUUUUUUGCCCUCUAAUCCCCCCACACAUACGCAAGACGCUUCGAUUUCAACCAUGGUCUCCAUUGGGGAAGAACCUGAAGACAAGGUGUUUAUGCUGGGCCAGCAACGCUGGUCUCCCCUGCAGACAGGCAGGGAAAUGCCAGGAGCCCACCCGUGUACGCAAGGAUUGCUCCUUGCACAGCCCUCCCAGGUUUCACCAGUGUGCAUCAUAUCUCCACAGCUCUCUGAUUCGACUGGAAUAGCAGCGAAUCUCUUUGAUCCUAGUUUACCAGUUGCACCCGUUGCAUUACGCUUCUCGAUCACAUCUGACAUCCAUGGCAAUUCCACCCUCCUCCAGCCAUUGCCAAGAGCUCACAAUCCCAAGUUGCCUCAACAAAAACUACCACCAGUCCAGCCAACAACCGCGUCCCUCUCCAAACUAAUUCAUUUUUCUACCAUGAGCGCAAGUUGCCCGAUUCCAGAAAAGAUCAAUGCCGUUCGCCGCCAGCCAGAAGGCUCGACGUCCAAGUGCCACAGCGGCUCCAGAAAGACGACGAAGCAGCGUGUCAGAAGGGCUGAAGCAAUUGGCCCCUCAUGA